AAAGAAGUAAAACGAGAAGAGCGAGUCGCGCAAGACGAAGAAGCGAAGAAGCGGCGCGGCGACCGACCGUCGACUUGUCGGCUGUUGUCGGCAGCGGAGUGGAGGGAAAAGGAAAGGGAAACGUUUUGCGCUUCGGAAGGUGCCGUCGUCGACACGUACAACACGGAGCGUGUGUGCGAGUUUGCCGGAGGAUUUUCGUUAUGUAUCGAUUUACUACAUAAAUACUCUCGCGCGCAAAACGGAGCGGCAAAUGGAGCACGCGGAAUGAGCGGCUGCGACACCGGUUGCGAGACAGUAAGAAGAUAUGGAAGCCGCGGUGAUAGAAGUCCUACGACAGGCGGUCAGUCAAGACCCCAAUGUUCUGAAGUCUGCAGAGGAAACGCUUAAGCAAUGGGAAACUCAGCGAGGAUUUUAUAUUGCGUUAUAUAAUGUUCUUUCAAAUCAUUCCUUGGCUAUUGAAGUUAGAUGGAUGGCUGUAGUAUACUUGAAGAUCGGAGUUGAGAGGUACUGGAGGAAAAAUGCACCAAAUGCUAUUGAAGACAAUGAGAAGGAAUUUUUACGACAGCAUCUCCUCAGAAAUUUUGACGAACCUAUGAGUCCAUUAGCUAUACAAUUAGCAGUCCUUAUUGCCAAGAUAGCAAGGUUUGAUUGUCCUAGAGAAUGGGGUACACUGGUACCAACAUUAUUGGAAGUUAUAAGGCAAGAAAAUUCUUUAGCACAACGUCAGGCAGUAUUAACACUGCAUCAUGUUGUCAAAGCUUUGGCGUCUCGACGCUUGGCCGAUGGACAGAGGCUCUUCCGAGAAUUGACUGCGACUAUGUUCAAUUUUAUCCUAAACUUAUGGAAUACUUAUACUGAAUCCUUCCUGAUUAUGGCAUCUAAUGGGGCCGACGUCAAUCAGACACAAGAAACCUUAGAAAAAGCACUUCUAUUAUUAAGAAUACUUAGGCAACUGAUCGUAAAUGGUUUUUCCAAACCAUCCGAAUCUCAAGAUGCCAUGUUGUUUCUGAAAGUCGUUUUCGAGCGUGCAAGGACCUGCCUUGAGUGCCGAAAAACUUUAGCUUCUAGAGGAAUGCAAGUGGAUGUUUGCGAAAAGUUUAUAAUACAUUUGACCAAAGUUUUAAUAGGAGUCAUAGACAUGCAUCCGUUUUGCUAUGUGGAACUCAUACCCACUUCUUUAGAAUUCUCCGUUUUUUAUUGCUUUACAGAAGCUGGCCAAGCGUUAGCAUUUGAAAGAUUUAUUAUUCAGUGUCUAAAUUUAAUAAAAACCAUUUUAUUAUCGACGUAUUACAGACCAGCUAAGAUUAUUGAAGAGACGAAAGAUCCAUUGGUUCUGAGGGCAUGCCAAUUGAGACAAGAAUUUUUCACACCGGAAAUAUUAACGGAGAUUUGUUCCAGGCUUGUCACGCAUUACUUCCUUUUGACACCUGCGGAUCUUGAAAUGUGGGAUACUCAACCAGAAAAUUUCGCUAUUGAUGAUGGUGGAGAAUCAUGGAAAUAUAGCUUGAGGCCUUGCACAGAAUCCUUAUUUUUGGCGAUCUUCCAUCACUAUAGAGAUAUUCUUGCUUCGGUUUUGGUUGAUUUGAUGCGACAGCAUCACCAACCUGUCGAUCCUAACAAUCUGCAUGCGAUUCUAGUGAAAGACGCGGUUUAUCGCGCGGUUGGUCUUGCUGCAUUCGAUUUGUAUGACGAGGUAAACUUUGAUCAAUGGUUUUCGACGACUUUAAAAGAGGAAUUAAAGGUUCGAAACAACAAUUAUAGAAUUAUCAGAAGACGUGUGUGUUGGUUGAUUGGUCAAUGGACGAAUAUCAAAUUAAGUGAAGAACUAAGGCCAGAGUUAUAUAAGCUUAUGAUUGAAACAUUGAAUCCCGAAGAGGACUUAGGAGUUCGUUUAGCAGCGAGCAAUGCUCUGAAACAAGCAAUCGAUGAUUUUCAAUUUGAUCCAGAGAAGUUUUCUCCUUUCUUGGAACCAAUUUUUUCUCUACUUUUCUCACUUCUUAAAGAAGUAAACGAGUGCGAUACAAAAAUGCAUGUGCUGUCUGUGUUAUCUUUUAUUAUCGAGCGUGUUGGCAAUGGAAUCAAACCACAUGUUGGUGCACUCAGCUCGUAUUUACCUGAACUUUGGCAGCAAUCUGAAAUAUAUAAUAUGCUGAGGUGUGCCAUAGUAUCGACUCUGAUACACUUGGAAAAGGCUCUAGGUUCUGAAAGUGUCAAUCUAGAGCCGUUGGUGGUAGGCGUCGUGGCUCUAAGUGUUGAUGUCAAUCAAGAAGGACACGUUUAUUUAUUAGAAGACGGAUUAGAGCUGUGGAUAGCCUUAUUAGAAAACACGCCUUCUCCAACACCAUCUAUAAUGGAUCUCUUCAGAAAUAUGCCAGCAUUAUUGGAUCAAUCUUCGGAGAAUCUGCGUUUAUGUUUGUACAUAAUUCAAAUGUACGUGUUAUUGAGCCCACAAGAUUUCUUCACUCAGAGGAGUACAGUGAUCAUCGAAUCGCUGAAAACGCUUCUCAGUGAUUUGCGUUCAGAGGGUAGAGUGAUGGUGUUGAAAUUAUUUGAGAUCUGUCUCAGAACUUCUCCUCAACAGGGUGCAGAAUUGAUAAAACCCGUUUUGCUAAAAAUAUUCGAGAGUGUUUAUUACGGCGACGAGUAUUCAUCAGUCAUGACUAUGCAACUAUCUGUAGUCGCAAGAGUUUUAUUAGGUUCCCGUGAUAUUUUUGUACAGAUAAUCAGCGAUUUAGCGCGGAGUAUAGGAACCGAAACGAGGGAAGACAUUGUACUCGGAAAACUGAUACACAGUUGGGUUAACGCAAUGCCACUGGUAACUCAGAUCGAAAGGCGCAAAUUACUAGCUCUUGCACUCUGUUCUCUUCUCGGAGCAAACAGUCCGCCCACCGUUCUUGAAUAUUUCCCGCAAAUAAUAUUAAACAUUGUCGAAACGCUUAAUGAUGUCACCAAGUUUGACGAUAUGGGAUAUCCUGUCGAUUCCUUGAUGAUUACUGAUCAGCCCAGUCCUUCGCAAUAUGAGGAUGUAGAUUAUGAUACCGAACAUGCCCAACGACAGAAGAGACUUCUUUUUAAUGAUCCUGUACACAGUGUAUCCUUAAAAGAUACGCUCCAAAGUCAGCUGAUCACGUUACGAGGCAUAGUUGGGGAUCAUCAAUUUGACCAGUUGAUGCUUACUCUUAACUCUGAAAUUGAUGAACAACUCAAGGAUUACAUAUCGUUGUAAGGAAGAAACAAGAUCAAAACACAAUGAAGAAUGUUUCGAUAAAUGCUACAUAACGUAUGCAGCUUUAUAGCGCUCCAUUGUAAAACGGUACUAUUUUAUUGUAUAAUAUUACCAUCUGUUUCAUUGUAUUAAUUAUAAUAAUAAAAGUAAUCUUGGCCUUGUU